UUUCAGUCAACCAUAUUUCGAACGUAUAAAUACAUUCGCAUGCUCCACACGAUUAUACUCAUUGCAUUUGUAUAGCAUAUUUAUCAAUUAAAAGGUGAAAUUAAAAAAGAACGUGUCGGCAUAUAAUUCUCUGGAAACUGAUCGGGAUACGAGUCAUUUGGUGUAAGAGGAUUAAUUAUCUACCUGGGAAAAGUGAGGUUAGGUGAAAAAGAAAAAUGUCGUCAUGGAAAAGAGCGGCAAAGGCGAACCAAAAAACUCAUCGAGAGCGUCACCAGCCGGAAAGCAGAGCGCACUUGGGUCUGCUAGAAAAGAAGAAGGAUUACGUAGCAAGGGCUACGGAUUAUCAUGAGAAACAAUCGACGAUAAAGCUGCUGCGUAAGCGGGCGUUGAACAAGAAUCCAGACGAGUUCUACUUUCACAUGAUAAACGCGAAACUUCGUAACGGGAUUCACAGAGAGAAGGUAAAGACCGAGGAGCACACACCGGAUCAGAUAAAACUUAUGGAGACUCAGGACAUCAGAUAUGUUUCUUACAAGAGGAACAUCGAGGCAAAAAAAAUCGACAAACUGCAAAGCCAGCUGCACAUGAUCGACGCGGCUAACGAGACCAAAAAUAAGCACACAUUCUUCGCUGACGAUGGGAACGAAUUGAAGUCCUUCGACGUGGCCAAGAGGCUGGACACUCAUGCGACGCUGCUCGGCAGGCGAACGAACAGACCAAAACUGUCCAAGCUAAGGGAAAUGAAGCUACCGGAUAUCGAUGAAAAGAUGCUGUCAAAAAUGGAACAGCAGAAACACAUGGCUUACAAAGAAUUGCACAAGCGUAUCGACCGCGAGAGAGAACUGUCGAUAGUGCAGCAGAAAAUUGAAGUGAAACGAGCGUUACAGGAUAAAAAAGUUCCGAACCCUAAGCAAGUCAAACCUGCAACACCCGACGGACCGCCCAUCUUUCAAUGGAAAUUUCAACGGAAACGAUGAAAUUCUGUAGUAUAUUCUAUGCAAUCCAUACGAAAUAAAUCAACGUUUUUUUUUUCUACGUAACGCUUUCGUUUCUUUUCUGUUUUUUUUUGCUUUUU